UGCUGCACAGACCGGGGCCCCUCCCCCUAGCCUCCGGGGCUGAUGGGAGUUGUAGUCUCAGGAUCUCCUCCCUGCAAAGCCAAGCUAUCCCAGCAUGCCCUGCAAUCCAUUCGGUGACAAACCUCCAAUCAGAGCUGGGACUCGGCAUUGAGCUGUCUGGACUUGUAGCCAGUAAGAGAUUUCUGCUUUGUAAGCACUACAAGUCCCACAAUGCCUUUGGGGCGCUGUAGAGGUGAGCCAAUGAGAGGUGAGAGUCGGCAGCUCCGCCCACUCACAUGGUAGAAGCAGGGUGCUAUGAAGCUUUUCAAAAUACACCUUACCUGUCCAGAGAGAGAACUUGCUAAGCUUAACUAAUAUGGUGAAGGAGAGAGAGCAGUUGGCAGAAGCCAUAUUAAAUCAUGCCCUGGAGAUCAUCUGCUUGUUGACGGUGGAGGAUUUUAUUGUUGUGAAGAGAUCAGAUGGGACCCGAUUCAGCAUUCGUGCCACAGAGAUCAACAGCAAUGAUUGUCACUCCACUUCAGGAUAUGCGGAGCUCUUCUUUACACUCUUGGGAAUGGAGGACAAGACCCAAAGGAUGAUUGUGGAAAUGGCCAACAAAAUCCUCCGGCUGUUGACUAGGGAGGCGUUUGUAAAGUGUGAGGAUGGUUCUGUCUCUUUCUCUGAGGAUGAAUGGGAAUACCCAGAAGGACAUGGAGAGCAAUCAAAGAACAGCCGGGACGCUUCUACCAUUGACCAUUUGCAGCUCAGUACAGAAAAAAGUUACCCCAUCAAUCUCUGCAUUAAGGAGGAGCCGGAAGAAGAACCUCAUCAUGUCUCUGAUGGGACAUCGGCCCUUCCUUCUUCAGAGUUCACUUCUAGAAGCCCGGAAAGAAAACCUCUAUCUACUGUAAAUGUUCACCUACCUUUUAUGGAAACCCAAACUACAUCUGGAUACGGCUUUAUUCCCUCAUGUGAUAUUAAACCUGAAGCUGGUGGAGAGUCUUCAGAUGACACCAUUGACAGUGUGGAUGCAGAAUCUCCCGAGUUCCCUCAUUCUUCUAAUGAGGAACAAGUUUACAGUGGUAUUGAAUACAUAGAGGAGGAGCCAGAGGAAAGCAAAGAUUCAUAUGCCUCGGUAUCUGGAGACAGGAGCAGUCCAGGUUGUAUGUACAAAGACGAGGACUAUUUACCACUGAAUACCAACUAUACAAGGGCCAGGAAACACAAGUCAAAAUCAGGAACGAUGUCUCCUCCAUGUGAAGUGUGUGGGAAAGUAUUUGGCAGCAAAUCAUCUCUUGAGAGACACCUGCAGAUACAUACUGGACAGCGGCCAUUUCCCUGCAAUGAGUGCGGCAAAAGAUUCUCCUGUAGGAACCACUUGAACACUCACAAGAGAAGUCAUUCUGGAGAGCGACCCUUUUCCUGUAACCAGUGUGGCCGAAGGUUUAUCAAUCACCAGCACCUCGUCCUCCAUCAGGUGGUCCACACUGGUGAAAAGCCAUACUCCUGUCCUGUGUGUGGGAAAGGCUUCACUCGGCAAUCCAGCGUGGUCAAGCAUUCUGGGAUGCAUGCAGAACAGAAGCCAUUUGUGUGCAACGAGUGCGGAAAGAGUUACUGCCAAUACGCCAGUCUGGUUGUCCACCAGCGGCAGCACUCCGGGGAGAAACCAUUUGUCUGCAAGUACUGUGACAAAGCCUUUACAUGUAAAGCCACCAUGUUGAAGCACCAAAAGGCUCACACGGGGGAAAAGCCCUUCCCGUGUCCUCAGUGUGACAGGUGCUUUAUUGACAAUGCCACCCUUUCUAAACACAAGCGUAAAGUACAUAACAAUGAGCCCAACCAGUCUGGCAGGCUAGGGUUGGAAUCUGUUUGAUCUUUGCUUUUUAUGUUCACUGCCCAUUUUGCACUUUUUAAAAGAAUAGUCUGCCCAAAA